UAGGAAGGUCUUGAUCAUAGCAUACAAUAGAGACAUGACAAGACAAGAGAUUGUACUAGCGGCUUCACUGUGGCUACUGAUUGUUAUACUUGUAACAGACGCCAGGUCUGUACAGAAAAGUCAGCUACAACGCAAUGUGGCGACACCCAUUUGCCCGACACCCACUGCGCCACCCAAUGGAGUAGUUAGCUGUGAAUAUUCUGAUCCAUUACAAAUUCAAAUUUUCUGUACGAUUACAUGUAAAGCUGGAUACAUGUUUAGAGGUACCGAUGCAAUGGACUUUGUGUUUCCUUGUGAUGUUAGUACUGGCUUCUACGAUACAGUUACUUCGCCUGACUGCAUUCCAGUUCCAAGAUCUACAUUAGUACCUCCGUUGGGUUGAAGAAUACAGUGGAAACUAAAGCAAAGUCAGAUGGAAUCAGUUGAUCUUCUUUCAAGUCGACAUAUUGAUAUGUAUACAGC